AUGGCUACGAAUAGUUUUCCAGUGCCGGCGGCAAUGGCGAUGAAAGGCGAUUUGCCUCAGAAUUGGGCAUUCUUCAGAGCACAGUACGAAAACUAUGAGAUAGCGACUAGUCUUGAUAAAAAAGAUGAAGCAGUACGAAUCGCUACGCUUAUGUCGGUUAUGGGUAGAGAAUGUUUUAGAAUAUAUCAACAUAUUGACAUGAGUGGAGAGGACAGAAAAGACAUAGCAAAGGUCUUGGAUGCACUUCAGAAACAUUUUGAACCAACACGAAAUGUGAUAUACGAAAGGUUUAAGUUUAACACUUGUGUACAAGAGCAAGGAGAAACGAUUGACCAAUAUAUUACGAAGCUUAAGCAAAUGGCAGCAACUUAUUGUAAGUUCGAGCAACUGGAAAACGAGUUAAUCAGAGAUCGUUUAGUGUUGGGAGCCAAAGACAGCAGUGCGAAAGCCCGAAUGUUGAGAGAACCGAAUCUUGAUAUCCAAAAGGCGAUUGACAUGUGUAGGAAUAGUGAAAUAGCAAAUGCUCAAUGGAAAACAAUGAACAAUGAACUUGAUGGAGUGGCAGCAGUGAACUACACAAGCAAUGAAAAGAAAUCUGGUGGCUCCAAGAAAAAAGAGGGAUUAAAUAAAAAUAAUGGAAGGACGAAGGAAUAUUUUAAAGAAUCGUGUAAGUACUGUGGUGGCAAGCAUAAAAGAGACAAAAAACAAUGUCCAGCUUAUGGCGAGACCUGCAAUAAUUGCAAGAAAAAGCAUCAUUUCGCAAGAGUCUGUAAACAGAAAGUGAAGAAAGAUGUCCAUGCAAUUAUGGAAGAGCAGUCAUCAGAUGAAUCACUUUAA